CUGCGGCGGGAGCUCGGAUCGCCCCGGGCUGGGCUGGGCCUGGCUGAUGCACUCAGACUCUCCGAACCCCGCAGAAACGCAGCGGAGUUCGGCCGCGGAGCUCCGACCUCCUCCGGGAUCCAAACCAGCAGCUGGCGGCUCACAGCGAGCCGGCGCCGGGCUUGUUGCAGACCGUCCGUCCGUCGGAAUGUUCCGGAACCGAGGCGGCUGGUAAAGAUGGCUUCGGUUCGGAUGGUCGCUGAAGUUGGGACGGGACUUUGGAAAAGUCUUCAUGGUUUCCGGGCCGGUUUCGCAGCUUUGGGUCCAGUUUCAGUUCUGCACCAGGUUCAUCCCAGACAUCCGUCUCUGAGAAACUGUCCAGCGUUCUUCUCCAGUGCUCCCUCUAGUGACGUGUCUCUGAAGAACAAACAUGGCCGCCUGGUUCUGGAGGUGCCGUUGCCGUCCAGGAACGAGAAGUGUCUGUUCUUCCUGCGGCCCAUGCUGAUGACAGUGGGAGACCUGAUCGCCGACCUGCAGAGAGAGGACUCCGGAGCCGCGGCCUCCCUUCUCUCUGCAGACGGGCAACGUGUUGCCAACUCGACGCUGUUGGACACCUUGCUGGAGACGGACUUCCAGCUCGUCAUCAAUAAUCAAGUUUACAACGUCAGCGCACCUGAGAAAGUGAUCACCUCCAGUGAGCAUGCCAGAGACAUGGAGGACAUGAAGCACGUGGUGCAUCUCCUGCACGCAGCGCUGCACCUGCCUGAACACCACCUGCUGCAGGAGCGCCAUCUGCUGGAGAGGAUGGACAACAUCAAGCAGGAGCUGUCGCCUCUGGAGCAGACGAAGGCUGAGCUGAGCCGGACGGCCGAGUUUCACGCCUCCAGGAGUCUGUGGACCGGCAUGGCGCUGCUCUCUGUGCAGGGCGGCGCCCUGGGCUGGCUCACCUGGUGGGUGUAUUCAUGGGACGUCAUGGAGCCCGUCACAUACUUCAUCACCUACGCCACCAGCAUGGGCGCCUUCGCCUACUACAUCCUCACCAAGCAGGAUUACGUAUAUCCAGACGCGAAGGACAGGCAGUUCCUACGUUACUUUUAUAAAGGCGCCAAGAAGAAGCAGUUCAACGUGGAAAAAUACAACGAACUGAAGGAUGAACUCGAACAGGUGGAAGAGGACUUGAGACGUCUGAAAUAUCCAAACCGGCUGCAGCUUCCGCUGGAACAGAUUCAGGCGAAGCCGUGAAAGACGCCGGGCUGGAAGGACUCAGAGACAAAUGUUUGUUUUAUGCUGAUGACGCCAUAUUUUCACCUUAAAAUCUAUAAACCUGCAUUCUUAAUGUAGAUGCCAUAUUGUAGCCCCAACAAAUUCACAAACAUUGAUAAUUAAAGUUUGCCUUUCACACA